ACCCCUUAGGCCUCGAAAUGAUUGAUAAUUUGGGGAAAUGAAUCUUGGAAUUGUUCAUGGCAGGUCUGUAGGUCUAGAAUUGUCUCUUGAUGAUCUCCAGAAGGUUAGUGACGAGGUUCCGUUUCUGGCUGAUCUGAAGCCCAGUGACAAAUAUGUCUUGGAGGAUGUUCACAAGAUUGGAGGAACUCCUGCUGUGAUUCGUUAUCUUUUGGAGCUUGGAUAUCUUGGUGGGGAUUGCAUGACUGUGACAGGGAAGAAAAUGGCGGAAAAUGCACAAAGCUAUCCUCGUUUACCUGAUGGACAAGUUGGUACUGGUGAUUUUCCACUAAAAAGGCUAGGCUCCAUUUAUAUAUUAACUUCGAGAUGCCAUGAAUGGAAUGUGCAAUUAGUCUGAUCAGUACCCAAAAAUCAUUUCCAAGAAAUCAUAAAACCAGUGUCCAAUCCCAUCAAGAAAACAGGGCACAUCCAAAUAUUAAGAGGGAAUCUUGCACCAGAGGGUUCUGUAGCAAAAAUUACUGGAAAAGGACUCUAUUUC